UGCGCCGUCUGCGCCAACAACUGUUACAAGUUUUAAGAUUACGCGAUAGCGGUUCAAAUAUUAUUAUAUUAUUUAUGAAUUAGUAUUUAUUUGAUUUUUAUAGUGCCUUUUCUUCUGAAUCAGAAAUUCUUAAUUGUUCUAUUCGUAGAAAAAGAGUGCCAUGUCGGGUAUCAAGAUGUCAAGUCAUUGACGAGCUGUACGUUAUAUUAUGUGCUGUUCAGUACGUUUGAGCAAGUUUGUAAUUUCUUCUUGUAUUAAUCGCUGAUGGCUAAAGGACACUGUCGCAAGUCGAAUUAUUCUAAGUAAUGAAAUUUUCGACGUAUCCUGACAUAAAAUAUUCUCUGAACAGUAGCUUCGCUACCAUCGAACGUUGGAAAUUAUUCAACCCGUAUAGGGACGUGAGCUUACUUGUGCUCGUCAGAAAUUUGUGUCAGCUGCUUUUUAAUCUAUUAUUGUUGGACAUUGUGUCUGUGAAAUUAUUGCCCUUCUUAGGCUCUCAAUUUUUACAUCGUUCUUACAUAUUUGGUAUUAGAUAUGGGACUGAAUGAACUAGUAUACUGGUAUCAAAAAAAGAUUGGGACGUAUGAUAAGCAGCAAUGGGAGAAAACAGUGGAACAACGUAUUCUGGGAGGAUUCACUCAUAUUCCCAUGCGCACUGCAAGACUGAAGACAGAACUCAUUGAUGUUGAUCUUGUGAGAGGAUCAUCUUUCCCAAAAGCUAAACCAAAACAUGGGUUAACUACAGUAGCUCGUUUAGCUGUCCAACGAUUGCUCCUACUUCCUCUACACAGUCGUUGGUGGAUUCAGCAGACAAGUCCUCGUGUUUUUGUUCUUUUUCUACUAUUAUAUAGCUUGCAGCUCCUUAAUAUUGGCAUCUACUUCAAUAAUAUCAUCAAAGAAAGCGAUGAAUCCAAUAUUGUGUCAACUUCUGAGGUAUUGAUACCGGUGUUCAUGAUGCUGACACUAUGUACAGUCCAUUCUCAAAUCGUAUCGACAAAUUCUGGUCCUUCUAUGAACAAUGUUCAUAAUAAUCUCAAUGUCGGCCGCUCUUGCCGUGGACGAUGUCACUUAGGCAAGAGACCCAGGCGGAAGCUAAGGGUAAAUGAUGAAUCAAAAUCUUCCCAAGAUACUGCAUCAGAAAAAGCUAGUUCGGUUAGCGGUGACGUGCCACCUUCCGUAAGAUUUGCUAAAAAAGUUACAAUUGAGAGUUCCAGUGUUUUGGGUUCAAGACAGCGAAAUCACAAUGUUCAGCAAAAACCUGGCGGUGUCGUCCAAGGUGAUGACGGUUCAUCCGCAAAUGCGAUGUCUCCUGUAGACGUUUCGGCAGGUGAAGAAAAGUCAGAUAAUGUUGUGGAGGAGAAUUCUAAUAAACCAGUAGUUGUUCAUCAAGAUGAUGACGGCUUUGAAAGCCUCAAUGGAAACGUGUCAAGCGACAAUGAUAGAGUGACUGCUGCAAUUGUUGCUACUACCGCUAUUGCCGCUACGCCUACUACUUCUGCUACUACCAUCGUUGCUGAUACUGCUACUAGUACUACUAUUAUUACUACUACUACUGCUACUGCUACUGAUACUACUACUACUGCUACUACUACUACUCCUACUACUACUACUACUACUACUGGUGGUGCAUCUAGGUCGCCAGUGGAUGAGCACAAUGAAGAUAAUAACACAGACAGAGCAACCCGCCACGAGAAACACAGCAGCUGGCUUGAUGAACUUAAAAACGAAGAAAGUUCGUCAAAGUUCUCAGCACCCGUUGCCUUGAGGAAAAGCGGAAAUUAUUCGGAUAGCGAGGGAGACGCACGGAAUGGUUCGGACUGUGAAGGAUCAGCUAAUGCUGCGGUGCUAGAUCGUGGGACUGCUGGAAAUGAGGUUGAUAUGGUCGGGGUGUCCACGUCGAACACUAGGAAGCUUUGCGAGAGUGAAGAGGAGGGCGAGUGCGAGGAUGCUGCGAUACACCAUCUCACAGAAGCCACAACUUCCGCUACUGAAUGGAUGGGAGUAACAACGAAUAGCGACGAAUGCAGCUACAGUUCCGAGCUGGAGGAAUCUGAAUCUCAUAGCGAGGGCAACAUAAAUACAGAGUUCGUCGAACAUCCGUUCUCGUGGGAAUUUGAACUGCCACCGUCGAUUCUGUUGAGUCAAAGUUGCGCACCUUCGGAUCGUGUCUCAUGUACCAUAUGGACACGACGUGACAUAAUGAAGGCAGAACUCUCGGUGCUGGAUAUCAGCUCAGCCAUUAUUGCCAGGGUGGAAUCGAUGCCUGAGAGUAUGGAUUAUUUUUAUGGAGGAUUACUGCUCUCUCUAAUACUGACCCUGAUACCUUCUAUGAGACGUCUUAGUGAUCAUUUUGGCAGCGAUGCUGUCAGCAACGUCACCAGCACAUUCAUCUAUGGGGAUCUUCUUACACAGGCUGGUUUGGAUACUUAUACGGAUGCUCUUUGUAGAAUAAUGGAUGCAGCUGUUGGCAAGACACUCUGGGAGCGUACAAUUGUUCUGGUAUCUGCCUUCGAAAGACUCACACUUUCCUGCAUACUUUUCUUCUUGCUGGCCGUUGCUGAGCGAACCUUUAAACAAAGAUUAUUGUAUGCCAAGUUAUUCUCACAUCUGACAUCAUCGAGACGCGCUCGAAAAUCUGACCUACCUCAUUUCCGUUUGAACAAAGUUCGCAACAUUAAAACGUGGCUGAGCGUUAGGUCCUAUUUGAAAAGACGAGGCCCCCAACGAUCCGUCGACGUAAUAGUAUCAGCAGUUUUCAUAGUUACCCUCAUACUAUUGUCCUUCGUUAGCUUGGAACUGAUUAAGGACCUGGAAAGUCUUCACUCACGAUACAAUAUAGAAGCGCUCUUUUGGAGCUUUGCACUUGGAAUAUUUAUUUUACGAUUCAUGACGUUAGGCACCAAGAUCAACAAGAAAUAUAGAAAUCUUUCGGUUUUAAUAACCGAACAGAUUAAUCUUUAUCUACAAAUAGAACAGAAACCGCACAAAAAGGAGGAGCUUAUGGUAGCGAAUUGUGUAUUAAAAUUGGCAGCCGAUCUAUUGAAGGAGUUAGAAAGUCCCUUCAAAAUAUCUGGACUGUCAGCCAAUCCAUAUUUGUACACAAUUACCAAAGUUGUACUGCUCUCUGCCUUGUCAGGAGUUUUGUCCGAGUUACUUGGUUUUAAACUCAAGUUACACAAGAUUAAGAUUAAGUAGAACAAACGGUAAUUUGAGUGAGAUUAACAGUGUAUAGUCUUGUGAUAUAACACGCACUCAGAAACAAAAUAAAGUGGACUGAGACGCAUUAAGAGCUUCUAGAAUGAAUGAUGGACUGUUCCCACUGAUGCCAUUGUUGCUGCUACGCUACUGUUCUUGUUAUUGUUGUAACUAUCGUCCUAUCUUCACGAUUAGAUGACUGUAAAUACUUGUAAUAAAACAAUAUCCAUACGAAA